ACAAAAGGCAACCAGAAAAAACAUCUAUAAAACGUAGGGGAAGAGGGCUGGGGUUUUCUUUCUGCCUCCAUUUCUAAUUUCCCCCGUUCUAUUUUCAUUAUUUUUCAUCUAAUUUUUGGUCGAAUUCGACAUAUCAAAGCUAUCAGAACUUCCUCCUCUUCUAAUUGCCAAGAUAUUCCAACCAAAUCGCUGAAAGACAAACACCUGGGAAUGCUGAAAAAUGUGUGUGAGUGUUGAGAAAUCCUCAACUGAGGUAAUUGAGAUUGUAGAGAUUGUAGCUUUAUCCAGUUCAUCUUUAUUCAACUUUGAAGAACUUGGUCAACAUAUCGUUAUCAACUUUGUUUCCCCUGCAUUAAUGCACAAUGUACCUGAUAAAACAAGACAAAUUGUUCUGGUUGAUCAGGACAUCGGUGAUGAUGGUUGAAGUCUUUUGCUCUUAGACACCCAUUUUGUAUAUAUUACAUAUUAUCUCAAGAAAAAAGGUAUACUAGCUGAACGAAGACCGUAAAAUAAAUGGACAAUAAGAGCCAUAUAUUGAUGCAGAAGUAUGAAAUGGGGAGAGUGUUAGGACAAGGAACAUUUGCGAAAGUUUAUCACGCUCGAAAUAUGAAGACUGCUCAGAGUGUUGCUAUAAAAGUGAUUGACAAGGAGAAAAUAUUGAGGGUUGGACUUACUGAUCAAAUAAAAAGAGAGAUAUCUGUAAUGAGGUUGGUGAGGCAUCCACAUAUUGUCCAGCUUUACGAGGUCAUGGCAACCAAGAAGAAGGUUUACUUUGUAAUAGAAUAUGUCAAAGGUGGCGAGCUCUUUAAUAAGUUGAGCAAGGGCAGGCUCAAAGAGGAAGUUGCUCGCAAAUACUUUCAGCAGCUGAUCAGCGCUGUGGAUUACUGCCACAGUAGAGGUGUUUAUCACCGAGAUUUGAAGCCUGAAAACAUACUUUUGGACGAAAAUGGAAAUCUUAAAGUUUCAGAUUUUGGCUUAAGUGCCCUAGCUGACACUCGGAAACAGGACGGUUUACUCCACACAACUUGUGGAACUCCAGCUUAUGUGGCUCCUGAAGUUAUCAGCAGAAAAGGAUAUGAUGGUGAUAAAGCUGAUAUUUGGUCUUGUGGGGUAAUUUUGUUUGUUCUGUUGGCUGGCUAUCUCCCUUUUCAGCACUCAAAUUUGAUGGAGUUGUAUAGGAGAAUUGGUAAAGGAGAAUAUAAAUGCCCCAGUUGGUUCCCUUAUGAAGUUCGGAGGCUGCUAUCAAGGAUUCUGGAUCCAAAUCCAAGUACUAGAAUAUCAAUUGCAGACAUAAAGGAGAAUCCCUGGUUCAAGAAAGGUUUUGAUGACAAGUUGAAGAUGAUUGAAACAGGCAAAAGAGAAAGCCCUCCUGAGAAUUUGAAUGCUAUUGUAAGCUCCUCAGGCAGCGGUACAAGUGAGGGAAAUCAAGAUCCUGAAGUGAAACAGAAUUUGGUGAAGCCAAUGAACUUGAAUGCUUUUGACAUCAUUUCCCUAUCAACAGGAUUUGAUCUCUCAGGAUUAUUUGAGAAUGAGCGAAAGAAAGAGACACGGUUUAGUUCUCGAUUGCCAGCAACGGCUAUUAUCUCAAAGCUGGAGGAAAUUGCAGAGCAUUUGAAGUUUAAAGUUGGAAAAAAGGGCGGGGGUAUUCUCAAGAUGGAAGGAUUGAAACCUGGAAGAAAAGGGGUUUUGGGGAUGGACGCUGAGAUAUUCGAAGUCACUCCUUCGUUUCACAUUGUAGAGCUAAAAAUGACGAAUGGAGAUACAUUGGAGUAUCAGAAAAUGUUGGAUGAAGAUUUGAGGCCAGCGCUCAAAGAUAUUGUUUGGGCUUGGCAAGGUGACCAACACUAUCUACAAGAGCAGCAACAAGAGCAGCAACAAGAGCAGAGUUGAAUGCAGUUCUGAUCAAGGUACGAAACUUGCGGCGGGAGUCCUUACAAGUUCCUUGUUCAAGUAGUUUUUAGGUGUUUGUUGUUUGUUUAUUAGCAUAUUUUGUGUAAUUGUGUUUUGAUAAAAGAGAGGUGCUUUACUAACUGCAGGCUUUCCUGAUAUAACUUAGCUUAUUCAUACAGACGUGUAAUCAUUGUUGCAUGUACUUCAGUUGUGCAUAUAUAGAUUUGUGUUUUAAUUUCUCUUAUGAAUGGAAGUGUAUUCGAGUUUUAAUAGCC